AUGCUCGUCCACUCGAUCUCGCUCGUGCUUGCCGCUGUCAUCAGCCAGACCUUUGCAGCAAUUUCAGAGUUGCCAAUCUAUCAGGGACAUCCCUUAGGAGACGGCCGCUGGACUCUUGGCCUGCCACCGGGAUUGCGCGCCCACGUCAGCAACGGCGUUGGAAAUGAAGGCACCUACAUUCAAACCUACGAUCUUGAUGUCGAUUACGCUGCUACUUGUCCCACGACUGCUCCUCAGCCGAGAUAUGCGGAUGAGAAGCAGUUCCCGCCUUCUGAGCUCGACUAUGAAACCAAAAGGGGCAAACCCGUACAAACCGAGGUUUCCUUCAAGAUCGAUCUCUGGUCUCAGACGGUCACCGUCGAAGGAUUCGGCAGCCUCAUGAUUGAGGAGGUCGGUAUCAGUGCGACAAUCUGGCCUCACAUCAAUGUAGACAUCAGGAUCAAGGCCAGCUGCUUCUUGAGAUGGUACGAGGAUUGCUGUGAAGGCUUUGUAGACCUCAACGUCGGCUUGCGCAUUGAUCAAGAAUUCGAGAUCAGAGCGCCCGCAUUCAACUUCAAGCAAGUCUGCAAUCCGAUGUGGUCAGGAAUUCCUACCGCUUGCGAGUUGGCACGCCACGAAAUUCCUGGCCUCCCCGCUAAAGAGGAUUGCUCGAUCGACGGCAAUGUCUGGACACCGUCAGCUCCGCCCAUGCCUGGCUAUAUGACCGCUCGCGAGAAGCUCGAUAAACGCCUCGGCAGAAAACAGGAGCUCUAA